GGCGAGAGGGCGGGGAGGGGGGGGGGGGGCUCGGCCGCCGCCAUGAACAGCGUAGGCGAGGCGUGCACCGAGCUGAAGCGCGAGUACGACCAGUGCUUCAACCGCUGGUUCGCCGAGAAGUUCCUCAAGGGCGAGAGCGCCGGGGACCCCUGCGGGCAGCUCUUCAAGCGGUACCAGCUCUGCGUGCAGAAAGCGAUCAAGGAGAAGGACAUACCCAUUGAAGGGCUGGAGUUCAUGGGCCCAAGCAAAGGGAAAACUGAAAACUCCUCUUGACCUCAGCUGUGUGAAUGGAGUCACUAACGUGAGCCUUUGGACUAAGCAACAUCACCAGGCACAAGACUAGACACCACCUGGAUAAUACCUUUGUUGAGCUGCUUUCUAGGAAGCGAGGGAUCUUCUCCGCUUGUAAAAACAGACAGACAGACACACACAAACGAAAAAGACUGGAUGAUGUGGUAACUACUGCCUCUUUUUCAGGGAAUUUUGGUGGUGGUUCAGCAUCUAACAGUGUGAAAAGCCGUUUGAACUAACUUCCUAUUGAAUGUACUCUAUAACAGGAGAAUGCUUAUUAGCGUCGGCUGAGAUAGUAGUUGCUUUGUUACCAAUUUCUCUUGCUUAUUUAUAUAACACUUGAAAGUGUUUAAAAAGAGUAUGAAGAAGGUUGAUUUACUUUGAAUUGUCUCUAUGCUGCUGAAUUUUGGUGGAAGGAGCUUGGUUUAUGUGAUCCUAAAUGCUGAGGGGCUAAAGCAUUGUUUUGUAUUGUCAACAGAGAUGGUAUAAAAGCACUCUAUUGCAAUAGACUUAUCUAAAAUAAAUAUAACCUGGUUAUAUUUUG